AUGAUGAGCCGCGGAGAGCCCAUGGCGGGCGGCCAGAGCGACCACCCCAAAACCCGGGGAGAGGUCUCUGCCAAGCCCGGAGGAGAGGUCUCCGCCAAGCGGUGGGCAGCGGUGACGGCGAGCGGCCUCGCCAUCAGCGUCGUAUCGCUCCUCUUACUGGUCACUGCGAUCUUCACCGACCACUGGUACGAGACGGACACGCGCCGGCAUAAGGUGAACUGCGACAAACACUCGGACUACAAUGACCAGAAGAACCGUGAUAUGCCCAUCUACCACCUGCCGCUGCAGGACAACCACCGGCGAGACGUGGCGCUCAUGAAGCCGAUCCAUGUCGGCAGUCGCGAGGAGGAGCUGCUGGAGAACUGGCGCGCUAUCCUGGGGAUGGGCAUCCUCGAGACGGAGUGCGGCCGCCCGCUGUUCUCCACCUUCUCCGGCCUGUGGAGGAAGUGCUACUUCCAUGGCCUGGACGCGGACAUUGAUAAGCUCAUCCGCAAAGGUAUUGCAGAUCGCUGUUCUGCCAUCAAGUAUCAUUUCUCUCAACCAAUCAGGCUGAGGAACAUCCCCCUUAACCUGACCAGAACAAUCCAACAGGAUGAGUGGCACCUGCUGCACCUGAGGCGCAUCACAGCAGGGUUCCUGGGCAUGGCUGCAGCGGUCCUGCUGUGUGGGAUCAUCGUGGCGUCGGUCAGCUUCUACUGGGAGGAGAGACUCACCCUGCAUGUGUCGGGUCUCCUGUUCCUCAUGGCUGGUAUCUUCUGCACCAUCUCUCUGUGCACGUAUGCGGCCAGCGUGACCUACGACCUCUCCCGGACCCCGCCCUUCAUCUAUGGCCUGCCGGGCGACGUGGAUCACGGCUACGGCUGGUCCGUGUGCCUGGCCUGGGCCAGCCUGGCCCUCAGCACCACCGCGGGCUGCAUCUGCACCGCCUCCCCCCUCCUCUCCCGCCCCCCCAAGACCUCCCGCACCUCCUCUGUCUGA